GCCCAAUAACGGAACGCGUGUUUAGCGCAUUUAUGCAUUUACCUAACUCUACAAAGAUGGAGGAAGAUGACACGUACCGAGGCCAUGGCAUGGGUAGGGCUGCUGGACAAGGCACUGUGGGCGAUUUGGAAGAGCGUCUGAUGAAAGAAUGCAGAGCACUUGGCCUGAUUCUGGACAAUGAUGAGCCGGAUUAUACGCAACCUCAAGACGACCAGAUUGCGUCUGAGCUUCGACGUUGUCAAAGAGCCUUACGAGCCCAGAUAAAGAUCAAUGAAGCCCGCAAGAAGCGCCUAUUGGCGAUAGCUGAAAUGCGUCUAGCCUAUGCAGAGUACGAAGAGAUCAAAGAGGGCAUGGAGCGAAAUAUAUCCAAUAUGUUCGCCAAACUGGGUAAUUCGGGUGUACCAAAGGUGACCCGGAAGAAGAAAAAGGAGAAAGACAAGGUUGCCGCAGCUGCUGCUGUUGAUCCAGCAAGCGGUGGGCCAGCUGGUAUUAGUGGUCUAGGCUUGGUGGGAAUGGAUGGGAAUCUACAGAUUCCGACAGAGAUUUAUGAACCAGUAAAGGUUCUAAAGCAGUGGAAGGCGACUCUGGGCGCCAUGUACGACCAACUCGAGGCAGAAACCCCAGGAGUCAUCCGAGGACUACCUCAAAAAAGUAUUUAUGAGGGAAUAGAGGAUGAACUGGUCGAAACACAGACCGUCACGAGCACCGCUCCCGAUAAUGCUAUGGAUGGCGUUGUGACCAACGGAGACGCAGAUCAGUCGAUGGAUGUUGUCCCAUUUGCCAGUUCACCGGACGAUGGUAAUCUAGAUGAACGAGUAACAGAUGCGAUAGUCUGGGAGCUCAUGCUCCAAGCUGGACCAGACCGCAUUUCCAUGUCACACCAAGGGUAUGGAUUCUGUGAAUUUUUGACCGAGGAAGACGCCGAAUACGCUUGUAAAAUCAUGAACCAGAUUAAACUAUGGGGAAAGCCAAUCCGAGUGAACAAAGUGAGUUUUGUCUAUGUUGUCAGAGUAGCCACUGAUUGCUCUGUGGAAAAGGCUUCCUCCGAUAAAAAGCAAAUAGACGUGGGCGCAAAUCUCUUCAUCGGAAAUCUUGAUCCGGCAGUGGAUGAAAGGCUACUUUAUGACACCUUUUCCGUGUUUGGUGCACUGACACAACCCGCAAAGGUCAGAAACACAGCCGUUAUCUACUCUCAGCGGCUGACAAAGUACACACAGAUAGCAAGAGAUCCAGCUACUCAACAAUCUAAAGGGCACGGUUUCGUCUCAUAUGCCGACUUUGAAUCGGCUGACGCUGCGAUCGAGGCUAUGAACAAACAAUACUUGAUGAACAAACUGAUCGAGGUUCAGUACGCCUUCAAGAAAGACGGGAAGGGAGAACGCCAUGGAACUCAUGCUGAGCGUCUAUUGGCUGCGCAAGCUCGUAAGAAUAUGCAGUUGCCAUUAUCCGCGAGGCCUCCGCCUGCACCAGCUGCUCUGGUCAGUCAAUUUGGAAUGCGCCCGCCGAUGCCUGUUGCCACUCCGUUUGGGGGUGCAUAUCAGGGUCAAUUUGCUGGUGCGUUGGCACCGCAAGUUGCUCCUCCAGUAGGAAUGGGAAUGCCUGGCAUGGCACCUACUGGUAUGGGUGUGCCAAUGGGGAUCCCACCUCCACCACCUGGUUUUAAUACCAUGUAUCCCCCUACGGGUUUUGGCAUGAUGCCACCUCCUUCACAGUGA